AUGGUUCGACGAAUGAAGCCUCUUAUGCCGGGCCUCAUCUCUGAGUCGCAGUCGGCGUUUGUGAAAGGGCGCCUUAUCUCCGACAACAUCCUUAUUGCCCACGAAAUGCUCCACGCACUAAAGACCAGAGAUAGUUGCUCCAAGCACUUUAUGGCGAUCAAGACUGAUAUGACAAAGGCUUAUGACAGGCUGGAGUGGCCAUUCCUCCGAAAAGCUUUGUUAGCGCUGGCCGUUUGGAAAGAUCAAGCCUUCUCGCGGGAUCAGGCAGGGAGACCCCAUGUCACCUUAUAUCUGUUCAUCAUGUGCUCUGAGAUCCUAGUCCAACUCCUUCAACAAGCGGAAUCUCAAAAAGGGAUAACAGGUCUAAAGGUGGCAGCUGCCUCCCCAGCAAUAACUCACCUAUUAUUCGCUGAUGACAGCCUGUUCUUCUGCCGAGCAAAUAACGAUGAGGCGGACCAUCUUUUGGACAUCAUCAACGCUUAUUGUGUAGCCUCAGGACAAAGCGUCAACCAGGAUAAGUCAACUAUUGUGUUUGGAAAAAAACUACCGACGGAUCGCAAGUUGAGCCUCAAGAUUCGGUUAAGGAUCCCAAACGAUGGAGGAGGUGGUUUAUAUCUAGGACUCCAUGAGUCUUUUUCAGGCUCCCGAGUUGCUAUUCUUCGAUCUCUCACAGAAAAACUAUCCCUAAGAGUUAAUGGUUGGCGCUCUAAGUUCUUGUCCCAGGCGGGGAAAGAAGUUAUGCUUAAGGCUGUUGCUAUGGCAAUGCCGACCUUCACAAUGUCGUGCUUCAGGAUCCCAAAAACCGUUUGCGCGGAGAUGAUUUCUAUUAUGGCGAGAUUCUGGUGGCAAAAGAAUGAAGAGACCAGAGGAAUCCAUUGGGCUGCAUGGCCAAAGAUCAGCAUUCCGAAAAAAGAAGGGGGGCUUGGGUUCAGGGAUAUCGAGUGUUUCAACACGGCCCUUCUGGGGAAGCAGCUGUGGCGAAUGCUUCUGCACCCUGAUUCCCUUCUUGCCCAAGUAUUCAGAGGAAGAUAUUUCAAAGACAGCUCCCCUCUUUUUGCAAAAUUGGGAUCUCGACCGUCUUAUGCUUGGAGAAGCUUAUUCUCUGCACAAGCAAUUCUUCGUGAGGGCUGUGAGAGUCGUGGGAGCAGGGGAGAGCAUUCGGCUAUGGGAAGACCCCCCAGAUCGGCUCUCCCUUUGGUGAACAAUAACCUGGUCCUAAAUGAUCUUCUUUUGCAAGCAGGAAGAGGCUGGGAUCUGAACAAAGUUGCAAUCGCGAUUCACCCUGAAGAUGUUCAGCUUGUAACCUCGGUUAGCCUGGGCUCUGCCUCCUCUGAUGACACCGACUCAGACAGAGACCUCUUGCUUUUAGUCCCUUGGAUCUUAUGGCGGUUGUGGAAAGCUCGAAACAGCCUUUUGUUUUCGUCUGUGGAUGAGCCAGCUACACAAUCCCUGCUGAGAGCUCGAGAGGACUUGGAAAACUGGAAAGCAGGAUUGGCCUAUGAGGAUGACACUUUAUGUGAGGCUAAUCCCACACCUCAAUUAACCCUUAAUAUUGAUUUGUUGACAGGACAAGGCUGGACGUUAUGUUCAGUGGAUGGAUCGUGGGAGGCGUCUCGUUUAUCUUGUGGACUGGGCUGGAUCAUACUGGUGGGUGGAGAAGCAGGGGCAAGAUUGGGAUCGAUGGCCAUCCCCAAUGUCCCAUCGGCUCUCUUCACAGAGGCGGAAGCUUUUCGGUGGGCCGUUCAAUGCCUCAGUCAGACUCCCCACCGGAAAGUUCACAUUUUCUCGGACUGCAAAGAUGUCAUUUCGGCCCUUCAUGAUCCUGCUGCUUGGCCGAGUUUGGCUCCCCUGGUUUAUGAGAUCCUUGAUUUAGGUCAACGGUUUGAAGAGUUUGAGUUUUCUUAUCGGCCCCGGAGGAGUAACCAAGUUGCAGAUGUUCUUGCACGAGCUGCUAAUCAGCUGCAAACUUAUAUACCUUCCCUUGACUUUGUAAUUCCUAGCUGGCUACAGCUUUUUAUUCAGGCUGAUUUGCAAAACAGUGUACUCUCUAUUUGA